UACAUGCAUAGAUAUAUCUAUAUUUAUAUAUAUAAAUAUAUAUAACUGGUAAAAAUGUUUAUGAUCUGGGGGGUUUUGAGACAAUUUGUAAGGCUAGUUAAACCAUUUGAACCAUUCAUUGAAUCUAAGACAGUUUUUCACAUACUGAAAUCUCUAGAGUUUUAUUUUGGUAUUUUAGUCUUCCUAUAAAUUGGUGAUGUAUUAGAAUCAGGGAAAUGUAAGUACAAUAAAUAGUGGUUUUUGGUUAAAAGGCCUUUGGGAAUAAUACCCACACUUGGAUUUUGUUUGUAUUCUUAGAGGUAGGCUCAAGUCUCCAGGUUUCGUUAUAUCGUUAUUUCUUAUUUCAUUGCUACUUAAAGGCUUUUAAAAUGAGAAGGUAAGGGAUAAGAGAUUUGUUUUUGUUUUUGUUUUUUAAUUGGGGAGAAAUAGGGGAAACAUGUUUGAAUAAGUAGGUUUUUUUUUAAAAGUAAUGUUUAAUGUAGAAUUAAGCAAGUUGCAGGAUUCCUAAAGUACAGUAUUAUUUGUAAAAAAUUUUCAAACAUCCAGAACAGUACCAUACCUUCUUGAGGGAUAUAUACAUAUGCAGUAACAUCAUGACAAUAUACAGGAGAGACAUAAACAUCAAAUUCAAGAUGGCAUUUACCUUUGGAGGCAAGGUUGGUGCUGGGAUAGAAUGAGGGAGAGAUGCCAGGGGCGUCAGGAGGGUCUCUACCAUGUUUGCAAUGUUUACUUCUGCGCUCAGUGGUGGGUGGUUAGGUGGGUGCUACAUUGUUCUCUGUACCUACUUGUCCAUCUGAAAUAUUUCAUAAUUUAAAAAAAGGAAAAGGUAUAUAUGUAGGUAUGUCUGCUAUUAAACUUCUAUAAAAGGUUUUUUAAAAAUUUUAAACAGUACAGUUCCCCCUACCUCUAACUCCCUGCUCCCUAGUUUCCCUCCCAUAAACGAACAUUUUACUCAUUUCUUUGAUGCUUCCCAGAGAUAUAUACAUAAACAAGAAUAUAUUUAUGAGUAAUUUCCUCCCUCCCCCACCUUUAAAAAUAAAAUAACCACUCCACCCCUUUUACAUAAGUGGUAGUGUUUCUUAUUUUACUUUGCUUUUUUUACUUUAUAUAUCUUGGAGAUUAUUCCAUAUUGGUACAUUAAAUAUGUAGUUUUAAUAAAAAUAGAUUUAACUUUUUAUCAGUAAUAAUCAUGUUUAUCUUUACCAGUCUAGACUUUAUCCACUAAGUAUAAAUGUUUGUUUCGCUGUGUCACAUUUGUUUAAGUGGCAGGAAUCCAGAUUUUUCCCUGAUUUCUCUUUCCAAAUAUUUCUGAGGCUUCCUGGGGUCCCUUGAUGUGUAACUGGACUGAUGGUUCCCUUGGUUCUUCCAGUCAUGUUCCCUCUGGGAGGUAGAGGGGGAGGUCGUUUGAGUGCCUGGGUUUGAAUACUCUCAUCUGUCACUUACUAGUAGUUUGACCUUGAGUAAAUUAACUCUGUGCUGCUGAUUCAGUUUCUUCAUCUGUAAGACACUGAGUACUCCCUUUCUCAUAGAGUUGUAUUAAAUGAGUGGAAAUUGCCUGAUAACAUAGGAAGCACUAUAAAAUGUUAGCUAUUUUUACUAUAUUAUCACUCAGCUGUCUGCUGCCCAAGCUACUGCCAGUCUCCAGACAGCCAGCCCCACACUCUAAUCACUGACCUCCUUACACCUUGGUCUCCCCGGCUAGUAAGGAAACUUCAUUCUCCUUUUAGAAUCUGCUUUUUCAGUGGAGGCUCUCCUGGACCCACAGUGAUGCCCUCUAUACCACAGCCGCCGUCUUUCUAAAGCACCAGGGCUCUCUGCAGAGUUGGGGUGGAGAAAGUGAUAAAGCACAGCUUCCCACCUGUUUGGAACCAUGGAAGUCUUGAAUGUCCUUGCUGCUCAUGCUAAAUUUCUCUGCCAGAAUUCUUUUGCAUGUUAUUCCUCAUGCAUGAUUUUUUCCUCCCGAGGCCAGUGCUCUCAUCCUGCAUUCUACUUCCUUCAGGAACCUCCAUGCAUGUAUGUAUCUGAAGUCAGUUAAGAUCAGGGUUUAGGUUCUUUCCCAUGGGGCUCCCGGGCCCAUGUAAAUCAGAGGAUGUGGCUGAGCAUCUAUUUUAAGGGCUCCUGAACUUACUGUGACUGAUAAGUUUCCCAAACAUUGUGUGAUAGGCCAGUGUCCCCUGAGCACACAGGAUCCCUAAGGCACAGCGACAGCUCUAGCCUAGCCAAGACAUACUUAUUAACAUUUAUAGCUAACAUUUGAAUAGCUGUUUCCAGUACAAGGUGCUUUUCACAUAACUUAUUUAGGGAUAAAUAUCUCAUUCCUAUUUUUCCAGUGAGGAAACAGGACUAGAAACAUUGUGGUUACCUAGAUUUAAAAGAACAGGCCUUAUGCUCCUAUAUCAUUCAUACCAAGCAACCUUCUUACCAGAUGAAAAAAGUCCAUAUAUAUUUACAGCUUCAGUAGAGUUGAUAUCAAUUGUCAUAAUAGGAGGACUUAAUGUUAGGUUUGGGGUGAAAUUAAUAGUAUUGAAAACUUUUGAAUAAUUUCAUUUAAAUUUAGGUCUCCUUGUAUUUUGUAGGUUUGUGUGAACUAUAACCAAUUUUGCAAAAAAAAAAACUUUAUAUUGUCCUUUUUCUCAGAAUCACAAUGGACACAGCUAGCCAUAGCCUUGUCCUUCUGCAGCAGCUGAACAUGCAACGAGAAUUUGGUUUUUUGUGUGAUUGCACAGUUGCUAUUGGAGAUGUUUACUUCAAAGCUCACAGAGCAGUGCUAGCUGCUUUUUCUAACUAUUUCAAGAUGAUAUUUAUUCACCAAACAAGUGAAUGCAUCAAAAUACAGCCAACUGACAUCCAACCUGAUAUAUUCAGCUAUUUGUUACACAUUAUGUACACGGGGAAAGGGCCAAAACAGAUUGUGGAUCAUAGUCGUUUGGAGGAAGGGAUUCGAUUUCUUCAUGCCGACUACCUUUCUCACAUUGCAAUUGAAAUGAAUCAAGUGUUCUCACCAGAGACUGUGCAGUCUUCAAAUCUGUAUGGCAUUCAGAUCUCAACGACCCCAAAAUCCACUGUCAAACAAGGGCUGGAGGUGAAAGAAGCUCCUUCCAGUAACAAUGGAAACAGAGCUGCUGUGCAGGGUGACCAUCCCCAGUUGCAGCUUUCACUUGCUAUUGGGCUGGAUGAUCGUACUGCUGACCAGCAGAGGUCCCGGCCUGCCGCCCAGGCCUUAGAGGAACACCAGAAGCCUCCAGUGUCCAUCAAGCAGGAGAGAUGUGACCCAGAAUCUGUAAUCUCUCAGAUCACACCCUCACUCUCAUCAGAGGUAACAGGUCCCACUCUCACCGAAAGCAGUAUCAAAAUACACUUAUGCCAUUACUGUGGAGAGCGUUUUGAUUCCCGUAGUAACCUAAGACAACAUCUCCAUACCCAUGUGUCUGGAUCCCUCCCAUUUGGUGUUCCUGCUUCCAUUCUGGAAAGUAAUGACCUUGGUGAAGUGCAUCCACUUAAUGAAAAUAGCGAGGUUCUUGAAUGCCGCAGGCUCAGUUCCUUCAUUGUCAAGGAGAAUGAGCAGCAGCCUGACCCCUCAAACCGGGGGACCACAGAGUCUUUGCAGAUCAGUCAAGUGUCUUUGAUCUCGAAAGACACAGAGCCAGUAGAAUUAAACUGUAAUUUUUCUUUUUCAAGGAAAAGAAAAAUCAGCUGUACCAUCUGUGGUCAUAAGUUUCUCCGAAAGAGCCAAUUGCUGGAACACAUGUAUACACACAAAGGUAAAUCUUAUAGAUAUAACCGAUGCCAAAGGUUUGGUAAUGCAUUAGCCCAGAGAUUUCAGCCAUUUUGUGACAGCUGGUCUGAUAGCCCCCUGAAAAGUUCUCGCUUGUCGCAAGAACAAUUAGACUCAUCUUGUGCCUUAGAGUCAGAGGUCACACAAGAAAAUGUGGACACUAUUCUAGUUGAGUAGCAGUUUCUCCAGAAUUUUUAUAUCAAUUUUGAAAAAAAUUUAUAUGCAUUUUUUAUUCAUAAAUUAUUUUCCUCAAUUUCUACUGACUUUUUCUUUACCAUUUAUUCAUAGUUUUAAUACUGUAUAUAUUAGGUCACCUGAAGUAAUUCGUGGCUAUUAAAAUGUAAUCUUCAAUUAGGGCUGUGAACUUUUCAUAAAUUAAUUCACAAUUUAGAAAUCAGAAACCAGUAUAGUAAUAUGGUACUUCAGAGUAAAUAUUUAUAGAAUUUCUAAGUUUUUCCAGGUUAUAGAAUCAUUAAAAACAAAACAAAUUAACAUGAAGUAAAUGAAAUAUUUUUUAAAGAAUAUUCUAGGCUAUCACUUUUGGCUAUUUCACAUAAAUAAGCCCCUAUGAGGAUUAUUUAGAAAUAUUUCCUGCCAUAUAGGAAGCUAAUGGUUAUUUUAAUGCAUAAUUAUGAUAUAAUGUAUACAAAAUUGUUUUAAGGCAUAGAUAUACCAAAUCAUGAAUAGUUUUAAAAUUACAUUUUACUUACUAGCUCUGCAACAUCUUACAUGGCUUUUAUUUAUCAUUAAAUGUUGAGCAUAGCUCAUUUUUAAUUUAAAAAAUUUAGUUAAAAAGACAGGAAGAAAUCAGACAAAAAAGAAAAAAAAAACCCAAGAAAGUAACAGUAAGAUACAUACACAUAGAUGAACAUACAGAGACAGAGAUUCAGAUAGAUCUGCAUUGACUAACGCCCCAGUGUUGUUGCUUUAAUCUAAAGUGUUUUCUUAAAGACCUUAAGAACAAUUGAGAUUUUUUUAUGAAUGGGGAUUUACAAAAGUUUAAAGAGAAAAACGAUAAAAAACAUAUUAUCUUUAUACCCUCAGUGUCAGAGCAUUUUCUAGGCUGAGUUGAUAUUAAUUUUCUAACAAUCACUUGAAAAAGUAAUUUUUCAGUGAUACAGUUUUCACUUUUUUCUGGUCCAUAAAACCAGCAGAGUAGAUAGAAUCAGUGUUCUAGAACUAUUUUUAAAAUAGGUAGGUUUUUCUCUGUGAAUAAACUUAACUCCCUUUUAUAAUGGUGAAAGUUAGAAAGCUAAAACCCCAGAAAAAUUAAAACUGAUAGAGUAAAUAAAGAUUCUCCUGUCCUAUGUAGCUGGGAAAUAACUGAUCAAACCUCUCACAAAGGAUAGAUCCAAAUUGUUUCUGAAAUGUUUAAAUAUCAAAUACUAGAUGGUGAAGAAUAACAGAAGAGAGAGGCUUCAAAACAGCUUCACCAUUUUUGUACGCUGCCCUGUGAAAAACUCUAAGCCUCACAGACAUUUUAAUCUAAUCAACUUGGUUUGCCAGGCUUAGAAUUAAACUGCAUACAAAACUCUUUGAGUUCCUCAGUGACUGCAUACACUGAGGACAUUUCCUGACAACCUUAGCGUUCCUCGACAGCAUCAGAGUUCAUUCAGGAGGGAGCUCAAAGAGUAAUCCAGCUCAUUCUAAGGGUACAAAGGUUUUCUCUGGAUGAACAGUGAGUUUAGCCGAAUUAUGAAGUCAUAAGUUUUUCUUGAGGGUUGAAUGAAGAAAAUCACUGGGCAUUGUCUAACGCAGUAGAGUUUCUGCCUUAGACAAGUGAGUAAAGCCUCCUGGGGUCAGUAUUGAUAUGUGUUGAGUGCAAAUCUAACUUGUUAUGGAUGUAGGAUCAAUAGGAGUAGUUAAAUGUGUUGCUCUUUGGGGUCAGAAUGUCAUUUAAUCUUAGACUUAAAUUAUGUAAGCAAUUAUGCACACUCAUACUGUCUUCAAACAUUUUAUCUCAUAGGAUGAACAUAAAUAUUAACAUUGAUUUCAUGUAUUUUAGGCUAUUCAAGAUCUAUUCCCUAGCCGUCUUCAAGUGAAAUUUUAUUUUUCUCAUUAAGAUAAUUUUUUCUGAUUUUUCUUUUCUGUAUUCUUUACUAAUUGCUCAGUUGUUAUUAGUCCUUGACACAAGAAGUACAUAGCUAAAGGGUGGGAUUAGGGGUAUACAGGAGUUGUGGAGUAGGGUAGCAGUUCAGGGUAGGAUCUGGAGAAAUUGUAAGAAUUUGCUUGUGGCCGAUUGGCCAUGAUAGACAACAUUAAUUUAAAGCAGAAAUGUAUCUACAUUUGUUGGAUCUUGAGAAAAUAGAGGUUAACUGUAUUUUUAUUCUUAUUCAUAUAGUUUUUUUAUUUUUAAUUUUUUUCUGCCUUUAUUGAAAUAUAAUAGACAGUUAGUUGCUUAUAUUUACAUUGUAUAAUUCAGUGAAUUUUUUCCAAUUAUAGUUGGCAUACAAUAAUAUACCAGUUUCAGUUGUAUAGCAUAGUGAUAAGAGAUCCAUAUAAUUUGCCAAGUGAUCACCCCACUAAAUCUAGUACCCUUCUUUCCCCUUACAUAUUUAUUACAACUUUAUUAACCAUCUUCCCCUUGCUACACUCUACAUCUCCAUGUCUAUCCUGCAACUAUCCAUUUGUACCUCUUAAUCCCUUUGCCUUUUUUUACUGUCCCCCUCAACAUCCCUCUCAUCUAGUAGCCCUCAAAAUAGUCUCUGUAUCUAUGAGUUUAUUUCCGCUUUUAUUGUUAUCUUGAUAACAUUUGCUUUGUGUUCAAAGCAAAUGUUCAUGAUAUUCUCUCUCUUUUAGGAAGUAGAAAAAUGUUAACUCGUUUUAUAGAAAAAAAAAAUCCCAAAAGCUGGGUUCUGGAGAACCAGUGAAUAGUGGAGUGGGGGCUGACCAAUUUUUUUUUCAUUUGUUUAACAGGCAUAUUUUUUAAAUAGCUUAUAUGACUAAUGCUGCGCUCUGGGUGUAUUUUUUUAAAGUAUGAUUUCUCACUAAGAAAAUCUGAUUUGUAUAAAAAAAGUUUUUUCAGCUAAACCCUUUAGAUUUGACUACAUCAUCUGUAAAAUGGAGCUAAUACUCUUACCCAUUAUGGUAUGGGUUGCACAAUGAUUACCAAACUCUAAAUACUGGAAAUGCUAUAUGCACCUUAAUCAGUGUAUCAGGCACAUACUAAACAGACAUUUCUCUCUUGGAUCAGCUUAGAAUCUUCCUUUCUUUCCAGAAACAGACUAUUUCACUACUUGUUCUUAUUAGCACGUUGUCAGAACUCAUCUGAUAAGUGCAGUCUGCCUUAUGAGAAAACCAAAAUUUCUUGAUUCAUAUCUCUGAGGUUGUUAUUUCUUGCUCUUAUUUUCUGAUUUCCCACCUGUAAAAUAGAUAUAAGCAAUCCCUACCUCACAGGGGUGUUGUGAGGAUUUGUAUUAAAAUUGCGUUAAGUGCUUAGUAACUUAACUAACCAUGUAAAGAAAAAUUCUAUAACUAAGCCUAUUAACUUCUAUAUUUCAACCUGUAAAUUCUAGAAUGCCUUAGAAGCAGUCAUAUACUAUUUAAUAUGUGAUAAUUCAUUGACAAACUUUAUUUUUUACAAAUACUCUAGAAACAGCAGUGUUGCCAGAAUUCCUAUUCUAACAUAGUUUAAACAAGGAGAAUAUUAGUUCUUUUGCAUUUGGGGGAAUAACACCUUGCCAUUCCAGCUUUACUGAAAGUUCUCCUAAAUGUGUUGUUUACACCUAGGAAAAGGAACAAAGCAAUGGAGAAAAUAUCAUUUUCUUUGAUGUAGGUCGUUAUAAAAGUAGAUGGGGACAAGAAAUGGAGUGGGGAUAAUAGCAUAGUAAUUCAUUAGGUUCUAUUAAAAUAAUAUUGGAAAGGCUUCAUUUAUAACUGAAGGAAAUACAUAUUAAUCAUGGAAAAAGCCUGAAAAUGUAUAAUUCCAUUAACAUUUAUUUAUAUGGGCAUAUUCUGGAUGUUGUAACUCAGAUCCUUGAUAAGUAUCAAUUUUUUGUCAUAAUUGAGGCAAAAAAAAAUAGGUCAUGUUAAGAGUUUUCAUAAUGUGACUUGUCUUUAUGUGUUUAAAACUAAAUGUAGCUCUAUGGUAUUUUAUUAUAAUUUUUAAAUUUCUAAGAGUGAAAUCUGUAAGGGAUUAUUCCCUGUUGUACUUCUGUGUUUGUAUGGUUGGACUUUUUGAAAAUUGGUGAGAUUAAGCAAUUCCAAGCCCAGAUAUCUUAAAUACAAGGAAUCACAAACUGUGAUUUUGUCUCCGAGACCUGGAAGAAUCCAUUGUGCUUCAGUAUGCAUCUGUGCCAUACGUGAUUACUUAGUAGAUUUUGCUCUAGUGCAACUGACGCUAAAUGUCAUCAACUCUUCUAUUUUGUGCCAAGUAAAGUUGUUUAGUCAGAUUAGAUCAAAUGUCAAAAUACUUUCAGAGAAACUUGGAUUUCAAAAACUUGUCCAAUAAUAAAGGCCCAGUGAAGAAAUCUUCAAAGCACAAGUAACACAUAGCAAAACACGGGAGACUGAAAUCAAUAAUAUAUUGUAUGGUUAAACUCUUCUACCUAAUGUACUGUGAGUUUGCUUCAGAAGCAUUCUUUUAAAAAGUUUUGUAUGGAAUGAAGAUAGUGGAUUUUACAUAUUUUAUCAUGACAAAUAAAUUAAUGUGACUCGAUCAUAAACAUAAUCUCGUAUUAGGUCAGCUUAUAGAAUGUGUUCUUAUUUUACAGCAGUGUCUGCCAAAUGUCUUCCUAGUGUUGAGGUAAGUGCCGGGUAACAAUUUGGAUGUAUCAUGCAAAAAUGUAUCUGUGAGCCCAAUUCUUAUCAACCAUCAUCCAGCUACCAUCUCUGGAAAGAAAGAUAACAUCUAGUCAUUGCCCAGAAGUUUUCUUGCUUUGCUUCUGUCUUUCUUCCCUAUUUAUUCUCUACUGUAUCUCCUCCAAGUAACAUAAUCUACAACAGUGGUUCUCAACCAGGAUAUAUUAAGGUUCCCCAGAGAAACGAGCCAACAGGAUGUAUGUAUGUGUGUGUGUGUGUACCUCCUGGCCAAGUUGAGAGAGAGAGAGAAAAAUUGAUUUACUAUAAUGAACUGGCUUAUGCAAAUAUGGAGGCUAAGAAGUCCCAGGUUCUAUAUUUGGCAAACUGGAGACCCAGGAAAGCCAAUGGUAUGAUUCCAGUCCAAAAACCAGCAGCCCCACAAAGGCAGGAAAAGACCAGAGUCAAGUACUCUCAGAAGGGUCAACCUUUUUGUUCUAUUCAGGCUUUGAACUGAUUGGAUUAGGGCCACUACCAUUAGAGAGGGCAGUCUGCUUUAUUCAGUCUAUUGUUUCAGAUGUUAGUCUCAUCCAAAACACCUUCACAGACACACCCAGAAUAAUGUUUGACCAAAUAUCUGGGCACCCCGUGACCCAGUCAAGUUGACACAUAAUGUUAGUAAUCACACGGGGUAGUCUCCCUCACCAUAGGGACUUUUGGCAACAUGGAGAUGUUUUUGGUUGUCAAACUGGGGGCGGGGGGGGGGGGGGGCGUUGAGGGAAGAGUACUACUGGCAUCUAGUAGGUAGAGGCCAGGUUUGCUGCCAAACAUUUUACAAUGCAGGGAAUAGCCCCACAAAACAACUGUCCAGCCCAAAAUGUCAGUAGUGUUGAUUUUAAUACUGUUUUUACAGAAUAUGAGAUGUUAGUUCAGAAUUAAAUUCUGUUUGUAUUAUCCUUUAUCCCAGCUUUUAAAAGACAAAAAUGAUUAUUAAAAAUGAGAGAUGUAUUAAGUACCAAAACAGUUUUAAAUCUAUUCAUGUAAUAUUUGAAAUAAACAGUUAUGCCUCUAACAAGGUCUCUGUGAAAUUAAAAUGUGAUUGUAUAUUGUAAUUUGUGUAAAUUUUUAAUCUGCCCAAAAGGUGGCACCAAUGUACCUUUUAAGACUUACUAUGUCAAAUUUAGCAUCAGUAUCUGUUUAAUUCACUAUUUGUUUAGUACUUAGCUACUCUUAUUACCUUGUUUUACUGUAUAGAGUCAUGACUGAUGAGGAUUUUCCUAGAAUCCGAUAUUAGGUGCCGUAAUAUUUUGGCAUCCCUCUUGGAUUGAGAUGCUUCCAAUUUACAUGUAAAUAUAUUAUAGCAGCAGAUAAACUUUUUAAAAUAUCACAUUUAUUGUGAUUGUUAUAUUGAGCAUUUCUGAGGAUUCUUGUAAACUUUGGAAUUUGUCCCAAUCAUAUUUGCUUUUUUAUCAGGCACCAAACUCAGUUUUUGGUUUUAUUCCUGGUCAGGAGGUAAACCCAGAGAUAAUUUGAGUAAAUACUCUCUUGUUUCUUGCCUCUCGUAUUUUUUCACAUCCUCAUCCUGUGAAUUAUUUUCUGGAAUAUAUUUUCUUUUUUAACUAUGGUUCAGUAACUGACUUUCUAAGCUGGUGUUCUUUAUUCUUUUCUUCCCUCACUUCUAACCAGCUAUAAUCUCUGAGUAAGAUGAGACCUUUAUUAGUUAUUUUGCAUUCAACUCUUCUUGCCUUCCAAUACUAAGUGAAUAUAGUCUCCCUCCCCCCCAUCAUUUCUGCUUGCAAUAUUAUUAUUAAUAUUAUCCUAGGACUUUGUACCUAAUCACCAAAUGCUUCUCUUAAAUUUAGUUUAUAGCUGAUUAGCCAACUUGGAGAAUGAACCCACUUCCUCUCAGAUAAAUUCUCUUCUAUUGUUUAUUCAGUGUUGAAACUUUUAUUGUAACAACUUGGUACUACUGCAUCAAAAUAAUGAAAAUAAAGUAUCUUCCCUUAAA